UGAGCCACCAGAGCAUAGAGAAGAUGCAGGCGUGCCUGGUGCUUCUGCUCAUCAGCUGCUGGCUGACUCCGAUUGGCGCAUCCAUCUUGGGGCGCUGCGUAGUGGCUAAGAGGCUCCACGAGGGAGGCUUGGAUUACUUUGAGGGCUACAGCCUUGAAAACUGGGUGUGCCUGGCUUAUUUUGAGAGCAAGUUCAACCCCUCGGCUGUGUACGAGAACUCACAAGACGGCCACAUUGGCUUUGGCCUCUUUCAGAUCCGCCAAGGUGAAUGGUGUGACCACGGCAAGAAUCUCUGCAGUGUGUCUUGUUCUGCCUUACUGAAUGCAAACUUAAAGGAUACAAUCGAAUGUGCCAAGAAAAUUGUAAAAGGAAAACAAGGGAUGGGAGCCUGGCCCACCUGGACUAAGAACUGCCAGCUAUCUGACACCCUGGACAGGUGGCUGGAUGGCUGUGACCUGUAGCCACCGGUGUGGGCCCGUCACACUUGCCAGCCAUGCCUUGUGGCUGAGGAUGCUUUUCUGUUUGCUGCUUCCUCCAUCCAUUCCCGUCAUCUCAC